AAGCACAAGGAAAUAAGUAUCAAAACACAAUUUGUUAAAUCAAUUUAAUAAUUAAAUUGUAAAAUGAAGCAAUUUAUUGUUCUGACUGUUGUAUUAUUGGCCAUUCAGGAGCUUCAGGGCGGUUCAGUUGUAACUGUGGACGAUAAGUGUACGUGUAAGGACACUCUAAAUACAUUGACUAAAGGACAACUAAUCGACAGACUCGUACUGUGCAAUCAACGGAAUGAUAAUCUCGAGAAAAUCAUAGACGGCCUAAAGAAAGAAAAUAAUAUUUUGAGAAAAGAAAAUGAUGGUCUUCGUGCAGAAAAUUGCCAACUUUCCGAAGCUUUGAAACGAGAGAAGGAAGCUAGGCAAAAAGCUGAAAAAGCACUCAAGGAAUGUCAGAAAAAUACGGAAAAUCUUAAAGAAACGAUUGAGCAACUUAAGAAGGAAUUGGCUGAAGCGCAAAAGGCACUUGAAAAGUGCAAAAAAGAAUUGGCUGACUGCAAGAAGGAAAACGCAAAACUUCUUAACAAAAUCGAGGAGUUGAAUUGUACAAUUACUCAGUUACAAGAAAAACUUGAAAGAUGCCGAGGAAGAGAACGGGAUCUACAAUGUCAAUUGGACGAGUGCAAGAAAAAAUUGAAUAUCUGCAAUAAUGAAUUAAUCGCGUGCCGAAAACAACAAGAAGAACUUAGAUGCAAAAUUGAAAGACUUAAUACCGAAAUUGAAAAACUUCGAAAACAAAAUGCUGCAUGCGAAAAGGAUCUAAACACAUUGCGCUGUGAAACCAGUGAAUUCCUUGCUAUUGCUACACAGAGACAGAGUCAGCUCACCUCCAUCAUCCAACGUGCAGAAGGAGAGAGUUCUGCUAUUAAGGCUUCGUAUAUCGGUUUUAGAAACUCGCACGACUUAACUUGUGCUCCUUGUGCAGGUCCGGCCUAAUUUUUCUGUUUGGAUAAAUGUAUAUAAAUACUGAAAGCGGCUUCAAUAAAUUAUAUUUCAUUGUGUGACA